UAUGUAAUCGAUAGAGAUAUCGAUGUCUGGCCAACUCUAGUGAACAGCAAAAAAAAAUAUAUAUAAAAAAACAAGAAAAAAGCUGAUGCCGGAUUGCAAGUGAAAAUUUUUGAAAAGCUCAAUAAAAAGGAUUGAAUUACGACUUUUGAGGUGUUCUGUAAAGAGAAAGCCAGUGGGUGAGCAUCAAUUAGCCACCGACCGUAAGUAGGAGGCGUGUCUGCGGUCAACCGGCGCCACCGGACACCAACAAAUCGGAGAUGUCGAAGAGUUCUGGGCGCGAGCGGGACAGGGAUCGAGAACGGGAGAGGGACAGGGAUCGGGACAGAGACAGGGAUCGAGAUAAUCGCAGCAGGGACUAUGACAUGGUGAAAUCCCGUAAUGGAGGAGGAGGAGGCGGCGGCAACAGCUUUGGAAGUUCCCGUAGCGGCCGGGAGGAUCGUAAGCGUGUGAAGGAUUCGAACAGCGAACGCGGCAGGCGGGAUGAGAAGCGGAGGAAGCGUUCCAGGUCCAAGGAUUAUGACAAGGAAAAACGCUUUGAUCGGGACCGAGAUCGGGAUCGUGAGCGCCAGCGGGAAAAGGAGCGUGAGCGUGAGAAGGAAAAGGAACGAGACCGGGAAAAGGAUCGAGAUCGUGAUCGACAGCGGGAUCGCGAGGCAGAUGGCAGGCGUCCCGCCGCCCCUGCACCGCUGAUUAUACCGGUGCCCUCAUCCAGCUCUUCAGACGAGGAGGUAGAAGAGAUCGACAAGGAGGAGCAGCAGCGCCGCCUCGAGCAGGAGAUGAUCAAGCGUCGCGAGCGCAUCGAACGCUGGCGGGCUGAACGCAAACGGGAUACCAAAGCGCCGGCAGUGGCACCGGCUGCAGUGAAAACCGUCAAGAAGUGGAGCUUGGAGGAUGAGUCCGAGGAGGAUGAUAGCAAUCACGCUCCGUCGCUGGACAGCGGCAAGAAGGAUGCUGAGCCCGACUCACCGCCGUCCAAGUUCCAUAGCAUCCGCAAGCGCUUCGACGACGACGCUGUCGAGCCAAAGUUCUCCCCGAUGAAGCGACCCACCUUUAGCAAGGCAUUCGGCGCCAAGCUAGUAAUGGGCUUGUCACCCAAAACCGAGGUGGAGAUCAAGAAGGAGACGCCUGUCGCUGAGCUCAAGGAGGUGAAGAAGGAGCCCCAGUCCGAGCCAGAGCCCGCUGAAUCAGUUCCCGCAGCUCCCGUCCAAAUGGAGACCGUUGAAGUUAAAAAGGAACCUUCGGUGGAGAUCAAGUCGGAACCCGAAGCCACAACCGAAAUGGAAACGGAUGAUGCUUCCCAAGUCGAAGCGGAAGCAGAGCCCGAGGACGAUAUAGACCCGCUGGAUGCCUAUAUGCAGGAGGUCAACAAUGAGAUGCGCCGCGUCAACAAUUUUGUAAAUCCGCCUACAAAGAACCAGGGCGUCGUCAUUCUCACGGGCGUGGCGAAGAAGAAGUCGACGACGACGAAGAAGGGCGAGCUGAUCGAACAGAAUAUGGACAGUCUGGAGUACUCCAGCGAGGACGAGCUGGAGGAUAUACGCGACACGGCCGUCAAUCUGGCCAUGAAGCAUCGCAAGGAGCUGGCUAAGAUUGAUCAUUCCUCGGUUAGCUAUGCUCCCUUCCGGAAAUGCUUUUACGUAGAGGUGCCAGAGCUUGCGCGCAUGACCGCUGGCGAUGUGGAGAAGUAUCGUGCAGAGCUGGAGGGGGUACAAGUAAAGGGCAAAGGCUGCCCCAAGCCCAUCAAGACCUGGGCCCAGUGCGGCGUCAGUAAGAAAGAGAUGGAUGUGCUGCGCAAGCUGGGCUUCGAGAAGCCCACGCCCAUCCAGUGCCAGGCCAUACCGGCCAUCAUGUCCGGACGGGAUCUGAUAGGUAUUGCUAAAACCGGCAGUGGCAAGACGUUGGCAUUCAUUUUACCAAUGUUUAGGCACAUCCUGGACCAGCCGAGCCUUGAGGAUGGCGAUGGCGCCAUUGCCAUCAUAAUGGCACCCACGCGCGAACUCUGCAUGCAGAUCGGCAAGGACAUACGCAAGUUUAGCAAGUCGCUGGGCCUUCGACCGGUGUGUGUCUACGGCGGCACGGGGAUCUCCGAGCAGAUAGCCGAAUUGAAGCGCGGCGCCGAGAUUCUCGUGUGUACGCCGGGGCGCAUGAUCGAUAUGCUGGCGGCGAACUCGGGACGCGUUACGAACCUGCGACGAGUCACCUAUGUGGUCCUGGACGAGGCGGAUCGCAUGUUCGACAUGGGCUUCGAGCCGCAGGUGAUGCGCAUCAUCGACAACGUGCGGCCGGAUCGGCAAACGGUCAUGUUCAGUGCCACAUUCCCGCGCCAAAUGGAGGCCUUGGCUCGCCGCAUUCUCAAAAAACCCAUCGAGGUGAUUGUCGGCGGUAGGUCGGUGGUUUGCAAGGAUGUCGAGCAGAAUGUUGUCAUCCUCAACGAUGAUGCCAAGUUCUUUAAGCUCCUGGAGCUGCUGGGAAUCUACCAAGAGGCUGGAAGCAUUAUCGUCUUUGUUGACAAACAGGAGAACGCCGACAGCCUGCUGCGCGACCUCAUGAAGGCCUCGUAUCCGUGCAUGAGCCUGCACGGCGGCAUCGAUCAGUUCGAUCGUGACUCCACCAUCAUAGACUUCAAGUCGGGCAAGGUGCGGCUGCUGAUAGCCACUUCCGUGGCGGCACGUGGCCUAGACGUCAAGGAUCUCAUCCUGGUGGUCAACUACGAUGUGCCCAAUCACUACGAGGACUAUGUGCACAGGUGUGGCCGCACUGGACGAGCGGGCAAGAAGGGCAGUGCGUACACUUUCAUUACGCCGGAGCAAUCGCGCUAUGCUGGUGAUGUGAUUCGUGCCCUGGACUUGUCCGGCAGUCUGAUUCCCGCCGAGCUGCAAACGCUGUGGACGGAGUACAAGGCCGCCCAGGAGGCCGAGGGCAAAACAGUGCACACCGGCGGCGGUUUCAGCGGCAAAGGCUUCAAAUUCGACGAACAGGAGUUCAAUGCGGUCAAGGAGAGCAAGAAGCUGCAGAAGGCCGCCCUGGGUCUGGCCGACUCCGAUGAUGAGGAGGACAUCGAGCAGGAUAUUGACCAGCAGAUUGAACAGAUCUUUGCGGCCAAGCGCACGGUGAAGGACACGUCGGCCACGGCCACAGCUGCGGCGGCGGCUGCCGCUGCGGUGGCUGCUGCCGCCGCUUCCGGUGGCAAUGUGGCUCUGGCCUCGGCCGCCGCCGCUGCUGCUGCUGCCAAUAUGGCCAUUGCAGCGGCAUCAGCGGCCGCUGCACCGGGCACACCUGCUGCUGGUGCAGCGACUGGAUCAGCUGUCGGAGCCACUCUCAGCUCGGAUAAACUUGAGUUGGCCAAGCGACUGGCCUCCAAGAUCAACAGCAGCAAGAAUCUGGAUAUAAAGAGCACUGUGCCGGUCGUGGAGCCACUGCUCAAGGGACAGCAUGUCCCAGGCACAGCCCCGGCGAUGCUGACCGCCCGAACGGUGGCCGAACAGAUGGCCGCCAAGCUGAACAAUAAGCUCAACUACCAGCCCAAGGAGGAUGAGGAGUCCCUGGGCACCAUUGCUGGCGGCAAUACCAAUUCGUUUACCAAAUACGAAGAAGAGCUGGAGAUCAACGACUUCCCGCAACAGGCCCGCUGGAAGGUGACCUCCAAGGAGGCGCUCGCCCAGAUCUCCGAGUACUCGGAGGCGGGUCUCACGGUGCGCGGUACCUAUGUGCCGCAGGGCAAGAAUCCGCCGGAUGGCGAGAGGAAGCUCUACCUGGCCAUCGAGAGCUGCAGCGAGCUGGCCGUGCAGAAGGCUAAGCGCGAGAUAACGCGCCUCAUCAAGGAGGAGCUGCUGAAGCUCAGCUCUGCCCACCAUGUCUUUAACAAGGGACGCUACAAGGUGGUCUAGGCAGGGCCACUCCAGGAAAUUGUUAACAGACAAAGGAUAAUUGUUGAAAUCAACUACGCAAUCAAAUCUAAUAAAGAUUUUACUUUAACUUAAACGCGGGCAAGAUUAAAACGAAAACAAGUAACAAGUUUCUGUUUACAUUUAAUAUUUCUAAAGUGAAAAGGUGCCCAAAAUGGAAAAGACUUGUAAAUAUUUUCGUAUUUUUGUUGCUUGUCUUGCUGCAUUUUUAUUAUUUACUUAUAUAUCUCUCCACCUGCAAUCAAUUGAUUUUCAUGCUACAGUAUUUUGUUUUUGUUUUUCUUGUGUCUAGAAACUACUAAAAUUAAAUUUAAAUGUAGUUAUGAGCUUGUCCGGCAUGUUCGCUGUUCCUUUGGGUUGGUAUUAUAAUUUUUUAUAACUAUUAUUAUGCGCU